GGAGCGAUCAGCAGCAUCCAUACUAGACGUGUAGAAACAGCCUAGCCGUUCAGGCCAUAUUAAUUGAAGAGCCAAGGUUUUCUACAACAGAUGCUGACUCAGAUUUUGAAAUAGCAAAGGUUUAAGGAAAAGACUGGGAAGACAGUUUGAAAUCUCCAAAUCAAUUUUCGAGUAUGGGUGUGCCAUCGUUCCCAAGAGUGUUAAUUAAACAUCGACAGCAAAUGUUAAAACUUUGAUGCUCAUGGACCGAAGCUGUCAAUAUCGAGCACAUUUCCAUACACAGCGUUAAUUGUAGCAUAAAGUCCUCUCUAUCGAGACUUCUAAUUUCUUUGUGCUAGUAUACUUCUCAGCCUACGAAGACGAACUGUGCUUAGAAAGGUGAUGUCACGUUAUUUUAUUUCGUAAGGAACAAUUCCUUUAUUUCGUGGCUUUAGUAGAAAGAUUAUAGUUUACUAUGAUGCAUAGACUUAUAUAACCCACCAAACAUAUCGUUAGUCUUCAAGUAAGUCCUAACAACAGCAUAUUGACUUUUUAAAAACGAUGUAAUAUUCUAAAACUGAGAAAUGACAACCCACGCUAACUUAUAUUAUUAUCUCCUAAAGCAUGAACAAGAACAAAAAAAAUGAAUCCUAAUGUUUAGAAAUUAAAUUGAGCUUCUGCAUUUUGUAAGUAUACUAUAUGGACUAGAAAACCUGUGUUUGUGAGAAUAUAUUCAAAUAUAGGCGUCAUGAGUGCGGUUGCCUUGUUUGUGAGAGCACUACUAAGCAGCGCCUUACUAUGGCUUGUUAUUUAUGAACAGGGAAUUAAUGGAAUGAAAGCUCACACGCAAGGAGCCAUUAUAAUUGGCGGUCUUUUUCCUAUUCAUAAAAAAGGGACGAAAAGUAAAUGUGGUCUGAUCAACAAAGAUCGUGGCAUUCAAAGAACAGAGGCUAUGUUGUUCGCAAUCGAUAGAAUAAACGAAGAUCCUAACAUCCUGGGAAACAUCAAACUGGGUGCAAUCAUCUUAGACACAUGUUCCAGUGACAGCUACGCUCUAAACCAAUCCUUGGAGUUCGUCAGAGCAUCCAUCAACACUGUGGACUCCACAGCCUUUCAGUGUCAAGAUGGGAGCCAUCCAAAGUUGAAAUUCACCAACAAGGCAAUCACUGGUGUGGUGGGUGGCUCGUACAGUGAAGUUUCUCUACAAGUUGCUAACCUUUUAAGGCUAUUCAGAAUACCUCAGGUUAGUCCAGCAUCCACCGGUACCUCACUCAGUGACAAGACCAGAUACGAUUUCUUUGCUCGGACGGUUCCUCCGGAUACUUUCCAGGCUGUAGCGCUAGUGGAUAUUGUUCAGAGUUUUAACUGGUCCUAUGUCUCCCUAGUGUCUUCUGAAGGUCAAUACGGCGACUCAGGAAUGAAAGCUUUCCAGCAAGAAGCGCGUAGCAGAAACAUCUGCAUCGCAGUAAACGACAAGGUACCUCACUCAGCUACAAAAGCCAUGUUUGACGAGAUUUACAGGAACUUAUUAACUAAAUCUAAUGCUAGAGGAGUAGUUCUCUUUACGAGGGCAGAGGACUCGCGAGGUAUACUUGAGGCCAUAAAAAGAGCCAAUUCAACCGGCACAUUUGCUUGGGUUGCCAGUGAUGGCUGGGGAAAACAAGACAAGUUGGUUGAAGGAAUUGAAGAUGUAGCUGAAGGAGCAAUUACUGUCGAGUUGCAAUCGAAAAAAAUAGAAGAGUUUGACUGGUACAUGCAAAACCUGACCGCCUACAACAAUCAAAGAAAUCCUUGGUUUGAAGAAUAUUGGGAAGAUGUGUUUUCAUGUAAACUUCCUCAUAACGUGAUAAAUAAAAACAAUGCCACAGUCCCAGUAUGUUCGCCCAACCUCAGAUUAGAUGAAAGCGUAGGUUAUAAGCAAGAAUCUAAAGUCCAGUUUGUUGUGGAUGCUGUCUAUGCUUUUGCCCAUGCCCUCCACGGGGUCUGGUUUGAAUUGUGUGCCCCAUAUGGGAAAGACUACUGCGCACAAAUGAGAAAUUUAGAUGGUGGCGUCUUUUAUCGGGAUUAUCUGCUUAAUGUCUCCUUUAUGGAUCUAGCAGGUAGUGAAGUGAAAUUUGACGAACAAGGAGACGGUCUAGGUCGCUAUGACAUCUACAAUUAUCAAAGAAUCGGUAAUUCAUCGGUGUUUGAGUACAAGAGUGUGGGAAGUUGGUACGACGGACUUCAUCUUAAUUUGGAAGAAGUAGUGUGGAAUCAAGGUGAGAAAAAAAUUCCAGUUUCUAUCUGCAGUGCACCCUGUGGGGUAGGUGAAGUAAAAAAGAUGCAGGUAGGAGAUGUUUGCUGCUGGCUCUGCUCAAGCUGUAAGCCUUGGGAAUACGUUCUGGACGAGUUUACUUGUGCUGACUGUGGUCACGGACGUUGGCCAUAUCCAGAUAAGACAAGCUGCUAUGACUUAACCCAGCAAUAUAUGCGAUGGAAUUCUAUUUUUGCAAUAGUUCCAAUAGGAAUCUCCUGUCUAGGUAUAGUACUGACUGGUGCUGUUAUCUUCGUAUUCCUUCAGAACAGUGACACGCCGAUUGUCAAGGCAUCAGGGCGUGAACUCAGCUUCAUGCUUCUCACAGGUAUUCUUAUUUGCUUCCUAAUGACGUUUGUCUUGCUUGCUAAGCCCAGCAUGGAGAUUUGCGGACUUCAACGUUUCGGUGUGGGCUUUGGCUUCUCUAUCAUCUACAGCGCUUUAUUGACUAAAACAAACAGAAUUUCCAGAAUCUUUGACAACGCACGUAAGUCAGCUCGUAGACCUAGUUUUAUAAGUCCAAAAUCACAAGUGGUCAUCACGUCGGUUUUUAUAGCUGUUCAAGUCAUCGGAGCGGCUGUAUGGUUCAUAAUUGAACCACCAGGGGUCAGACAGUACUACCCGGAUGGAAAACGAAACGAGGUGAUACUGAAGUGCAGAAUAAAAGACUCCAGCUUUCUGAUAUCUUUAGUGUAUAAUAUGAUUCUCAUAACUAUCUGCACUGUGUAUGCAGUUAAAACUCGAAAAAUCCCAGAGAACUUCAAUGAAUCCAAGUUCAUAGGGUUUACUAUGUACACAACGUGUAUUAUAUGGCUAGCAUUUGUGCCGAUCUACUUUGGCACAGGAAAUUCUUUUGAGGUUCAAAUUACCACUCUGUGUGUGUCCAUUUCUUUAAGCUCCUUUGUGGCGUUGUUCUGUUUAUUUUCACCCAAGAUUUACAUCAUAGUGUUUCAUCCUGACAAAAAUGUGCGGAAACUCACAAUGAACAGCGCCACCUAUAAAAAGGCUCCUACAAGUAGUACAUGCGGUACAACAACCAAUCAUGGUAGUUCGGCAGAACAAGUAAAGUUGACGGUACAGACAACGCCAUCUAGAGUUCCAGCAGAAAGUGAUCGGGACAGCCUGACCUCUUUGUGACAAUUAGAUAAAUAAUGCGCAUUGUCCAAACUCAAAUAACUUUGAAGUUUGAAAAAAGUAAGAGGUCUAUAAGAAUAUUAUAUACCUAAUUAUUUUAACAAGAUUUUCAAGAAAAAUACUUUACAGAAACUACUGUAUAUUAGACGUACUCACAUAUCGCCUACGGAAACACAUUACAUAAGGUAUUAAAAUGUGCUCUGCGGUUGGUGACGUUAUGUUCAAGUAAAAUACGAACUUUAUUCAUAGUGGACGCAAUGGGGCUCAUUAUGUGACACCAUAGUGUUUUGUGUUGUAUUAUUCGUAAAUCAUCUAUUAGUGAUUCGUGAACAUUCGAUGUAGUGUAUGUCGUGACUUGAACACUUCUUUAAGUCUUCCUCGUGUAAAAUGAAGGAAUAUCGAGGAAAAGUGCGUAAUCUCAUAACUGAAAUUCAGCAGAAAGCGCUCACACUGAGGAGAACUGAAAAUUAGUUGUAAGUUUUCUGUAUUGCGCAGAUCAGUACAAUGAGUACUCAUUCUCGAGUACUUCCAGGAAUACUUCAAUAUAUUCUAAGCCCAAUUCGUUUAAUCAUGACAUAUUGGAGUGUGUGUUCUUUCAACUAGUGAGCAUUUUUUUAAAUCACGAAUUUUUCGAGUACAUUAGAAUUAAUAAUAUGUUCGAGAUGAAAUAAAAUCACCUCUUGAUGACAUAGGCAUCCGGCUUUUUGCAAAUAUUUUGGGGCUCGUUUGCAAAAAACCGGAUGCCUGCCUCAUUUUGAAGCCUAGCACUGAUUAAAGUUUGAUUUUAAAAAAAGGAUUAAUUUCUUAAACCAGACAAUUAUGUAGUUCUGGUUCUCCUUUUUAUCAGUUCAGAAACGGGUGUUUUGAUUCAUAAAGGAAACUUUAGAUAUAGAUAAGUAUAUACAAAAGAAAUGAGAACCAAGAUUCUCUGAUAGUAUUAAAAUAUAAAUAAUGUACAUAUUAAAUAUGUUCUGUAACUGCACCACAAAACGACAUUGUGUCAUUUUGCAUUACUUAAAAAAGCACUGCGAAUUAUAUAUUACAUUUAUUAUCCUCAGCAGUAUUACUUGCCACUUCUAUAUUUAGUACGUGAAGGUGUCUUUUUGUCAAGUGUAACUGGCUUUUAUUGUUAGUAGCUCUUGGUGGCACGCUAUAAGAAACAGCAUUGUUUCUAGUGAUUACAAGUUGAUCGCUUUAAGCUUAAAACUUAGGCCAAAUUUUCAUUAAGUUAUAAAACUUUCAGUGAAGAAUAGAGUAUUAAUAAGUGUAUAAAAAUAGCCAUGCUUGAUAAGUUAAGAGUGUGGGCCACCGUAAUACCAGUAAAAUAUCAAAAAGUGUUAUUGCUAUGGUUUUAGAACUUAGAAUAUUAAGUGUAGUAAAAGAACAAGUGCAUAAUAAAAACUAGUUCGUUUGGCUUAGUUCUUGAUGUAAUGUUGAAGUUUUUGUGGUCUUACCAAUAAACAACAACACACUCAAAAAAUAUCCAACCUUUCUCUUUUCACAGUACAUAAGCCGACAGAAGUAUAUUAAACUUUUUUUUUCAAAUAAACUUUCUUUAGCCCUGUUAGAAAGAAACAAAAAGUCUAUAUUUUGAUCAAAGAUUUGGUUUUACCCCUUCGCCAAGGGUUACAAGUGCUAGCGAGGAAGAAAUCGUUACAGAUUAAGUUAUAGUCGGACCUCAGCUAUGACCCAUGAAA